AUGAUCGACGACCUUCGGGCCAUAGAUGUUAUCGAGAACUUUUUGAACGGUGGACAAUCAACUCUCAGAGCUGCACACCGUAUAGCGGGCAUCUACGAACCACGUCUCGAGACUAGUCACAGAAGCGAUAUCACCGUUCUGUGGGUGAACAUCUGCCAGGCAGCUAGAUCAAUCGACAGCUCAGCUUCUGCACGACUUGCACAACUAGUGAACUCACUCCGAGAUAGACCAGAUAUAAUUUCUCUUGUGGGGGACGUUGUCAAAUACGAAAACUUGGUAUACUGGAGAGACCUGCCAAGAUGGGGUCAGAUAUUUAGAGAAUAUGGGUACGAGUUUGAUCCUCCAGAUGGAAAUUAUGCAGAAUGGCAUGCUCAAGCUCCCCAGCUGCUGAACAUUACAGUCUUUGCCGCAACACUAAUGGCUCGCUCGGAAGGAAGCUUCGAUGUAUCAUUCCCAGCAAGCAUCGCCAUGGAAAUGGGUGUAGAUCGACCGUAUGACAAUACACGAGAAUCACAAGAAGAGUGGCGCAUGUACAUACCACCGGCAGCGACUUGGAUACUAAUUGCUGGAAGCAAGAUUCGUGAGCUUUGCUAUAUGGAGGAGCUUCCUGAAGCUGCCAACCAACAUUCAGUCAGCUCUCAAUGGGGCGGAAGAACAUAUUGUCCGAGGAGAUGGGACUCUUAG